AUGGAACAAAUAGUUAAGUCAAUUUUAUUUAUUAAAAUUUUUGCGUUUAUCCUUUUAACUGGGAUAUGUCAUUUUAAAAAUAAUGUGCAGGAUAAGGAUUCAAAUAUUUUAGAGUUAGAACAAAAUAUAAAAAACAAUACAAAGUGCAAAAAAAAGGAUAUAGCUAUUAAUGAAAAAGGAGAAAAAGAUAAAAACAAAAAAUCUAAUAAAAGUUCAUUAAAUAAGGCACAAUACUAUACCGAAGUUAUAGAUUAUAAUAAUGGAAUGUUUGAUGGAAAACAUUUCCAUUUUGAAAAAAAAUGGAUUAAAAAAAAAGAUUACGAUAAUUUUCUUGAAAGAAACAGGAGAAUUUGUGAUAUAUCAUUAAGAAAAAUAAGAUUUAGAAAGUAUAGCAUUGGAAUUGCUAUGUUUUUUAUUUUUCUCUUGCUGGGAAUAGGAAUACCCAUAUUAUCAAGUUUACCGUCCUUGAAAGAGGCAUGGGAAAGCAUUACAAACGAUGGAAUAUUGAAUAAAUUGAAAGUUAAUGUAGAAGCAUGGGGAGACAAUGUACUGUCCUAUCUUAUUAUAGCAUUAUUUAGCGUACUUAUGGUUAUGUUAGCUGUUAUGCUUAUAGUAGGGUUCUACAAGAUUUUAAGAAAUAAUGAAAAAUAUAACAAAAUUAAGUUAAUAAAGGCGUAA